UGUUCCAACACCAACUCUAAUGUGGUUUGAAAAAAUUAUCACUAUACUGUUACAAAACUAGUGUAGGUCCUACUCAAAUAAUCAGAAAAAUGAAAUGUUUCGAUUUUAACAGUAAUGUACAUAAUAAUAAAGAAGAAGGUGUUGAGUUUUUGAUCGAUAGACCGGUGGUUCCGUUUUUCUACAAACUUUAUGGGAGGCUUCGACCUAAUACAACCUUUAUCAUUCAAGGUGUUGUUGAUGAUAAUGCUACAAGGUUUCAAGUAGACUUGACAGCAGGCCAGGGGGAGAAGUCAGACAUUGUGUUCCACUUCAAUCCUCGGCUCAACCAGUUGUACACGGCUCGUAACUCUCGGUUUUCUGGUGCAUGGGGAACGGAGGAGGGAGCUAGUCAAACCAAGUUUCCUUUCCGUUGUGGGCAACCGUUCCUUGUAGAGAUCUGCACCACUGAUGUCAAGUACCUUGUUGCCGUAGAUGGUUUACACUACUGCUCAUACAAACACCGAGCCCCCGUGGCCAGUGUGGUUGGUCUGAGGGUGACUGGAGGGGUGCGACUAUCCCAGGUGUUAGUAUCGUCUACUUCAUACUAUCCAUCACUUCUACCACAGUUGCUACUACUUCCCGAGUCCAAGUCUUCUCCUUCCACCAACAACCAGUCAAUAUCUGUGGUAUACAACUUGACGUCUCAACUUCAAGCCCAGUCUUCCAUUAUAGUUCAAGGAGUGGUGAAUGAUAAUGCCAGUAGGUUUGAAGUGGACUUCUUAGUUGCAUCUACAGAAGAUGAAGACAAGCCUGACAUUGGAUUCCACUUUAAUCCAAGGUUCGACCAGAAGUACACGGCUCGUAACACCCGCCUGGCAGACACUUGGGGUAAGGAGGAGGGAUCAGAUCAUGAAAGGUUUCCGUUCCGUCGAGGUCAGCCUUUCUACCUCGAAAUCUACAUCACCGCAGCCAAGUUUCUGGUGGCUGUGGAUGGUCAGCACUACAUCACCUACAGACACAGAGCACCUCUCAAGACUCUCUCCAAGAUCCACAUCCACGGAGGAGUGACUCUGACCAACGUCCACUUCCAGAACUCCCCCAAGUACCCUUCCCCUCUGCCGCAGUUCCUCUCUGGAGACCAAGACGAAGAGGUUGUUGAGGCUGGUGAAUUCUCUACGUCUUCUGGUCUGCAAGUGCCUUUCAUUCAUGAAUUUAAGUCAAGACUCCUCCCUCAGUCGACUUUUAUUCUUCAAGGUUCUGUUGACAGCCAUGCAACUAGAUUUAAUAUAGAUUUUAUAAUUGGUGAUGAAGAUCAACCUGAUAUUGCUUUUCAUUUCAACCCUCGACUAGAUGAGUACGUAGUCACCCGCAACUCUCGUUUCAACGAAUGUUGGGGAGAAGAAGAAAGAGGAAGCGAACAGAAAUUCCCAUUUCGCUGCGGGCAACCAUUCUUCCUUGAGAUUUUCCUCUCUGAAUCUAAGUUUAUGGUGGCUGUAGACGGAGUGCACUACUGCUCAUUCACAUACCGUACACAUCUGGCUAGCAUCACAAGGGUGUGUGUACAGGGAGGAGUCAGUCUGUCACAGGUGGCGUUACACACUAGCGCUACCUACCCGACACCCAUGCCUGAGUAUCUACCAUGUCCUGACUUACAACCGGUGGUGUUGUACUCUGCCAGUGAUUACGAGCCGAAGCCAGAACCAUUUCAUCACAAGUUGGCUUCCAGUUUCAACACCCAGUCUUCCCUAAUCAUCCAGGGAGAAGUUAUGGAUAAUGGCAUCAGAUUUGCCGUGAACUUCUCAGUAGACCGAGGAGCGAGUCAGGACUUUGCAUUCCACUUCAACCCUCGAUUGCUCCAAGGGUACACGGCUCGCAACUGCAAAUUCGGAGGUACCUGGGGAACAGAAGAGGGCAAUGUGAAAGAGAAGUUUCCGUUUCGCAACGGUUUUCCGUUCUAUAUGGAAAUAUAUUUUUCCAACUCAAAAUUCAUGGUAGCUGUGGACGGUGUACACUACUGCUCAUUCGACUACCGAACUCCACUAGCCACGGUGACCAGUGUUCAGGUGGAGGGGGCAGUGACAGUCAGGAAGAUGCUGGUACACCCCACCGCUAACUAUCCCUCUGCAGUUCUAGAGUUUAUACCUGAACCAGAGAACAAUUUGAGUCUGCAUGCCUUCCGUACAAACAGCAUUUCUAGCAUCAGCUCAAUGGUCCCAUAUUUCCACGAGUUGAGGUCCAGUCUUCAUCCACAGUCUUCUGUCUUUGUUCAAGGAGUGGUCGACUGUAGAACUACUAGGCUUGAGAUAAACUUUAUGAUGGGUAGAGGAGAGAAAGCAGACAUUGCUUUUCAUUUCAAUCCUCGGCUAGAUCAGCACUACACGGCUCGCAACACUAGACUAGAAGGGUCGUGGGGCGUAGAAGAGAGUAACAGCUUCCAGUGCUUCCCCUUUGUGCGCGGACAACCUUUCUAUGUUGAGAUCUUCCUUACACAUUCUGAAUAUCUGGUGGCAGUUAACGGUGUCCACUACUGUUCGUACGCCUACCGGACACAGCUUGGUAACGUAACUUGUGUGGAGGUGUGUGGCGUGAAAGACACCCAAGUAGACGUUCGUCCUGUUGUUAGUUACCCGUCUUCCCCACCUACCGAGAUUGUAAAGUGUCUUUACAAGAUCAAACUAGCCGAUGUCGGUGACACAGGCUUAUCUUGUCAGAUUACACCUUUAUUUGCUGCUCUUCCCAAGAAAUUGGUGAAAAAAUCCAAAAUUGAAAUUCUGGGCAAAGUUAAGCUGUUACCACAUUCGUUUUACGUGAAUCUUCAGGAAGGCAGUGAUCAUUGGCCUCAUCCGCUGGUUCCGUUCCAUCUGUCUACGAGGUUUAUGUAUCCUGACAGGAAAGUCAUAGCCAACACUUGGGCACGUGAGAAAUGGCAUUCUGAAGAGAAGAGUAGCUACAAGUUCCCAUUUACUCCCGGACAAACUUUCUCCUUGACAAUCUCGUGUGAAGAUGACAGAUACAUGGUUCACAUGGAUGGUCAUGUUCUACUAGUCUACAGACACAGAGUGCCUUACAAGAGUGUCGACACUCUGAUGAUCCACGGAGACAUCUUCAUCUACAACGUCAAUUAUGUACAGUCAUGAGGGUUUUAUUGCCAUUUUAUGAGCCGCUAUUCGCUGUUGCUGGCAACACUUAAUUCCUUUGUGACAGGUAAAUUAGUUUAUCCCUGUUACAGUACUGCUAUGUAAUAUUUGCUUGGACUUUUUUUUGAACUUUUUAGCUUUUUUAAUAGAAAUUAGGUCUUUUUCUUUGACAGAUGUCAAUGAGAACGAUUAUUUUUUAUUUGACAAUUUUGAUCAGAUGAAAAACUAUCAGCUGGAUUUACCUCACUCUGAAUCAGUUUUCCAUUUUCCAACUACUUGGAAUAGUAUUUAAUUGCAAUGUAUUGUAGUAAUUGUAAUUGUGAUUUUCCCAACAAUUUUAAAAGUAUCAUAAUACCGGUAUAGAUAUUAACUAGUUUUUACAUUUUUAUGGUAAAUGGAAAAUUCUACUCUCAGUACUAGUAAUAAAAUAUACUAUUUACAACAACAAUUGAUAUAAUCAAAAAUCUACAUUUUUGGAGAUUAAAAUAAUACUAUGUCAUAAUCAUGUCAUAUAGUAUGACAUCAUUUCUAUGAACUUUAACGUUCUUUUAAGUUGACAAUUUCAUUUAUAAUGAUAAUUUAUCAAACAUAUUUUGUAAUGUAGUGUUACAAUCCCUCAGCAAACUGUAUUUUUUUGGAAUUUUGAAAUGAGAUUUUAAGAAAAAAGAAGAUUCCAUGUAGCCUAAAGAGGGAAGUAGAAGUUCAGUCAGAUUUUAAUAAAAUAUUCUAUUCAUGUUUUACAUCAGAUUAGAAUAUACAGUAGGUGGCUACUAGAAUGAAGAUUGAAGAUAAAAUUUUUAAGUCAUACACACCAAGAGCUCUCCAACUUUAGUCAGCAAAUGCUUGGGUCAUGGUGUAUAAUUUUGUUUACCUCGACAACAAAGAUAAUAGGGAAGCUGUUGGGAAACAAGUUUUGAUUGUCCAUGUGAUGUUCAAGUCUGGAAGGUUUCCAGAAUAUGUGCCAUACUGGUAAGCUGGUUCCCGCCUCAUAAAUUAUGUAUUAUAUUUUAUAACACAGUUUAUUUUUAUAUACUUAAGGGCUGUAGUCAUUCAAUGUAGUUUUUACAUGUAUUAUUGUUGAGCUUUAUUUAGUUUACAGUACUGUUUGUGAAGAAUCUUUAAUAUUAUCUGUAUGUUCUCAACUGUUACCAGUACGUAAUAGUAUAUUACGUUACUAGUCCAGAAAAUAAGUGUUUACCGGACGAGAGUGGUUGUUCCCGAGCGAGACGAAGUCGAGUACGGGAUUACCAUACGAGUCCGGUAAACACAUUUUGGACGAGUUACGUACGAUAGUUUACGCCAUACUACUAAAAUGAAUAUUGUUAUUGUUUUGUUACUCUCUCAACCCGGUACUUGUAUUGGUUUCUUGGCCUGUGUGGAAUGUAUCAAGAAAACAAAAAGCCGAUACUGAACAAGAAUGAACUGUACUGAUAUAUUAGUAGCAGACCCAGGAUGCAAACUUAUGAUUUUGCUGCCUUGGGUCUAUUCUGUAGUCUGUUGUGCUACCAACUAAACACCAACUCGUCCACUAUCAGUGGCAGGGUGUUACAUGUUUCAAACACCUCACCUCAGGAAUUAUAACUAACUGUAAGUCACUCUUGUUCAAAGCCAAAAAAUAAGUGCAUACAAUCUAAUUGCUAAGCCCCAAUGGCUUUUAUAUUCCACACUGAAACUAUACUAAACUUCUACAGUGAUUCUAACAUAGAAAAAGUAGAGGUGUGUACUCUCAGCGUUCAAUUUAUAUUGAGUUUCAUGUCUCAUUUGUCACGUAUUGUCUUGCUAUAGUCAACUUCGCUACUCCAGUAGGUUUAAUGUAUUUCCUGGACUGAAAUACUAUUUGAAUGGCUUCAUUUCAAAACAUGUAACACCCUGUUUGUUACUUGAGCAGUGCUGGUGGUAUUUAUAAAUCCAAAUAGGUCAUAAUAACAGUUUCAAGCCAGUACAUGAAAUUUUAGCACAAUUGAUCUUUGGGCUAGAAAGUGGUUUGUGUUUGUGUGCCUUAUUUUAUAGUUUGCGGCAUGUAAUUAUUUAUCAAGUUCUUCUAAACAUGGAAGGAGAAGAAUUCAAAUUUACAUGUUAAAAUUAUCAAAGCAAAAUUAGUUUUCUAUUUGGGUUCUUCAAAAUGAUAUUGUCUACGGGUUUGUGCUUUGUUCAGGAGCUUUUUUGUGUGUAUUUGUGUCCUUUUUUAUGUAAUUUAAUUUUUAACAUAUUUUAUAUCUUUAUGUCUAGUGAAAUAUUUGUAUCCUUUUAAGAUGAAUUUAUGUUUAAACAAGUUAAAGUUGCCAUGAUUUUUGUCGUCAACAAUCUAGAGAUUUGAAGACUACGUAAAUUACACCUGUAUGAAAACCAAAGAAUUAAGAAUCAAUUGUGAUUGAAAAUUAAAAUAGUCAUUUUAUGUUAUAUAAUCUUUUUUGUGUUUUACAUUUUAUUGUGAUACAAGCUAAAUAUUACUGUUGUAUAAAAAAUAACUUUCUAUUGUGAUUUGAAUGCCUUAGUGAUUUGAAAUCUGUGUGUUCACUAAAUCCCUUAAAUAUAAAACUGAAAUUUUUUACUGAGAAGCUUAAUCAAUUGUUAGUAUUGUUCUUUUAGGGCUUGUUUUAUUAUUAUAUAUUUUAUAUCAUCGUAUAAUUUACUGUAUUAUGUUAAAAGCGUUUUAACUAUGUUAUUCAUUAUAUCACUAUG